UUAUAGCAGAUAAAAGAAAUUCAACCUAUUGAUUUAAACAAACAAAAAAAGCUGUUUUUAUGCAAACAAAUUACACUUCAAAAGAGUGAAAGCUCCUAAGAACGUAUCUAAUCUAUAAUACAUUUUGGUAAGACACUGACUAAUGAGCCACAAUGCUCUUUUAUAUUAUUUGUCAGUCAGCGUUGACAUGUUUUCACAGAAUGAUCUUCACACUUGACUGUGAUAAUACUGACACUCAGACUUUGAGAUGGAAACUGGUUACAGCAACUCAUUUUAUUUAUGGUGCAACAUCGCAGUAAUAAAAAGACAACAGCCCAAAUGUGAAAGCUGAAAUGUAGAUCCAUACCAAACAAUUUUGAUUAUUUUUCACAUAUUUCAUCCAACUUAAUGUGACUAAAGGUUAUUUAGCCACAUUAAGGAUAAGUAUUAUCCAAACAGUGACAAGAAUAUCCCAGAAUUUUCAGAAAAAACACGAUACUUGAUAUUUAAAUAGAUAAAAAAGGAUCACUUCAAGCAAAUUACAUCAAAUGUUGUCGAGAAUAAAUUGUUGACCAUGUGAAAACUCAGCCACGCUGUUCACAUAAUUCAUGUGCUUCAGGCUGUGGAGGCCGCAGAACCACAGGCCUUAUAGAUACUGAAACAUCUGCAACACUUCAUGAGUUGUCAUUUCUUUACUAACACAAUUAAAGUUUGCACAGAGUCGCUGACUGAGGGAACUGGUUUAUCAAAGGGUCGACACGACACCCAAAGACAACAGGUUCAGUUUGCUGCAACUUCUUACAACUCUUGGACUUCAUGGUAAGAUUCCCACAUGUCUCUUUACUACAAAUGCAGUAUUAACUCAUCCUUCUUUUCAGCACUUGGUAGUGAAAUCAUAAAUGGUGAAAAGGUCCCGGAGAACAAAAUGCAGUUUAUGGCCUCGGUUCAGAACAGCAGAAACAAACAUAUCUGUGGAGGAUUCCUCAUCAAUUAUGACUUUGUGGUCACUGGUCACGUCACUGUACCCAGCAAGAAAAAAAUGGAAAAAUAAAAAUCUCCAACGAGGCGUUCUGGGGCAGCCUAGACAGGUCUUUUCUGUGUUCGAGUUUUACUCGCUACAGGGUGUACUUUGAGGGUUUGUGACUUUGCAGACGGUUUACAUGCAGAACAAGCUACAUAACACACAAGGGGACGGGUAAUAACCGGAAAAGCAUGACAUGGGACCAUUAACAAUGUUUGAACUUUGUAGAAUGCCACACUCUAUUUUGGCUGUCGAACUAGUUUACUUUAAUUAUUGGACCGUAACUUAAUCUACAGCAGUGGUUCUCAACCUUUUUACACCAAGUAGACUUCCACCUGAGAAAAUAGUUGGCUCUCCAAGUACCACCAUAUGACCAAUGUUAAAAUACAGUCUAUGCACAGUUCAUGCAGGACUCUGAGGCAAAUGUAUUCAUAAUAACAUUAUUUAUUGUCAGCCAGUGUUUAAUGAAUAAUGUAACACCACUAAGAAAUAAGGAGAGUUAUAGGUGCCAAACAACAUAAUAUAAAAAACGUAUAUAUGCCGAGGGCAGUUGCCGGAUAUCUAGUUUGUAAUGCGGGCUUGAAUGAAGUGUUUCUUAUUCUUUAGAAAGAGGACAUUUACAUACAUUUUUAUCUUUUAAUUAUUAGAAUUUACUUUCUUACAAGACAUGAAAUCCUUAGUUAUUAAUGUCAUUAAGUGACUAGUUGGGCCUUUUAAGAAAUCUUCAUAUUCGAGUAAACAUUUGCACUGCAUAUUGAUUUUGUUUAUUUUUUCAAUAUCCUUCCAAUCUGCCUGUAACAUUAGAUUAAUUAAUGUCUGUCUGGAAACAUUGAACAUUAAGUGUGGCUGUGCAGAUCAUUUAAGCUAUAAAGAUAUGUGCACAUUUUGACGAAUGCAGUCGCAUCACUUGGUCAUGUCCCCAAAAUGUUAGCUUUUAAUAUAGAACAGGGUCAAUGUAAGAUUAUAUUUAUCAUAAAUGUCAUUUGUAUAGAGCCAAAUUAAAAGGACUAUACAUAUACCUAGUAGGCCUACUCAUGUGUCUGUGGAUAGAUGUUGUCACCUUAAGCAACCGUGUCACAUGCAGUCUCAAGACUUUGCCGAUAUAGUUGGGAUUGAUAUGAAGGAAGCGGCCAUUCACCCCCAAUUUAGAUUUUACAUUUAGAUCAUUUUUCUGUGAAAUUAUGAUCAAAGUGAUUAAAUAGUAUUCGUAUCACAACUUUGACUGGGAGACCAUGGUCGCUCAGAAGGGAAGCAGGAAACCAGUUUCUGUGGUUCAACUGUUGCAGAUUUUUUUUAAAAACAACGGCAAAAUGCUGACUAAUGAAAUAUGUUAGUGCAAACUUGCAGACAAACAUGUGGAUGUGGUCUGAAUUAAAAAUAAUCUAUGUGUUAAUCAGACAAAGUGCUGCAUAAAAGGAUCGAGUUAAUGCCCCGAAGAACAAAGGCAAGUCAAUUGUCUUACAGGCAUCAUGCAUGCUCUACACAAACUUCUGAUUUUUCAGGUCCUGACAUCUCUCGGACAAAAUGCGGAUGGGAGUGAAAUCAUAAAUGGUGAAAAGGUCCCGGAGAACGAAAUGCUGUUUAUGGCCUCGGUUCAGAACAGCCGCAACCAACAUGACUGUGGAGGAUUCCUCAUCAACGAAGACUUUGUGGUCACUGCUGCACAUUGUGAUGAUGGGAAUCCUACAAGUGUUGUUCUUGGUACCCACAAUCUCAAGAAUAUUAACGACACAAUGAGAUACAGUGUGAAGAGAUGCAAGCAUCAAUGUUAUGAGAAGGUUGAAGAGGGGUCGGACAUCAUGCUCCUCAAACUGUCCAAGAAAGCUCAACUGAACCAAAGAUUGCAGCCAAUUUCACUUCCAGAAACUGAGACUAAGAUUACAAAUAUAGAAACGUGCAGUGUUGCUGGAUGGGGCCUAACAAGUGUUGGUGAACCUGAUGAGCUGCAAAUGGUGAAUGUGCCCAUUGUUGACCUGGAUGUCUGUAAGAACGAAUGGCCUAACAUGCUUCCUAAAAAAGUUAUCUGUGCUGGUGGAUAUGGCACAAAUAAAGGAUUCUGUCAGGGUGAUUCUGGGGGUCCUCUGGUGUGCAACGGGAAGGCAGCUGGUGUUGUGUCUUACAACUGGGGCAAGAACUGCAGAUACCCAAAUAGGCCCAAUGUGUACACAGAUGUAUCACAAUACCUUCCCUGGAUCAGAAAGAUGAUGAUGGAUUGUUAAAUGUAACAGAUCAACAUACUCUUAUUGCACUGUACUGGCUCCUUAAAUGUCAUCUCAAAACUUGAAAAAUAAAAGCUUUGUUCAUAACAAACAUUGUUGCUUGGCAGUUCAUCAAUAUUAUAUCAACAUGUACAUCUACAUAUGUUGCAUCUGUUGUUCACCUUUUUCAAACACAAAGGGUCAUGUAUUCUCCUGAAAGUAAAGCCAGUUUCGUAUCACAUGUAGCUAACCGUGUUGUAUGUGUUAACGUCAAUCACUUAAACCUUUUUGAAUUUUGUUUGUAGAAUUUAUAAAUAUGACGCAGCUUUUAGUCUUAUAAUUGGGUAAUGUUGCACAAAGAAACUUCAAAUCCACUUAAGCUGGUUUGCAUUUGUCAUCCAAGAUGAGUUAACAUGUUCACACCUGACCCUAAUGAAACAAGUGUGUGUACCCCUCAACCAGUUGCAAUGGUCUCAGAUCUGAUGCUCAAAGGACUUGUACUAAAGUAGAUGUACUAAAAGUCUGCAAGUCUUUCAAUUUUUUUUCGGAGGGUUAAAUGGUGGCAGAUUUAAUUUUUUAUGAUUUUAUUAUUUCUUCAAAACUGCUUUUACGAAUUUGAAAUGUUUCUACC